AUGUCCAUCCUUGAACAGAUGACUGUUCACAAGUGUUUUGCAAGCAGUUCCUUAAUACAAUUGAGAGGUGGCAAAAGUCGCUUUCAAGGAAGAAUUGAAAUAUUCCACGGUGGAAAGUGGGGUACUGUAUGCGAUGAUAAAUUUGACGAGAACGAUGCUAGGGUUGUUUGUCGUAUGCUUGGAUUAGAAGUUAUGCAUCCGGUUAUUCUAAACACGGAAUCCUUCGGAGAAGCUAAAGGAGAAAUUUGGGCCGAUGACUUGGAAUGUACAGGAGAAGAACGUGAUAUAUCCGGCUGUCCAUUUCCUGGUUUCGGUAAUAACGACUGUACUCACAAAGAAGAUGUCAGUUUGAUUUGCGAUGUUACAAAAAUAAGGCUAACCAAUGGAACAUUUGUUGGAGAGGGCCGCAUAGAGGUAAACCAUAACGACAAAUGGGGAACUGUCUGCGAUCAGAACUUUGAUGAAAACGACGCUAAGGUUGUCUGUAGAAUGCUGGGAUUUAAAGAUUCACACCCAACAGUAUAUAUGAAUGGAUAUUUUGGUAAAGGACCUGGCGAAGUUUUACUGACAAAUGUUGACUGUAAGGGAAAUGAAGUAGACGUCAAACAGUGUAAUUUCACGGCUUGGGGCCAUACUGACUGCACACAUUCGAGUGAUGUUGGAAUAUCAUGUGUACUAGAAGCAAAUAUAAGUGAUAGUUAUAUGUUUACCUUCCAAGCAACCCCUGUGAGACUAGUAGGUGCCAUCAAACCAUCAAAAGGCAGACUCGAAAUCUAUCAUGCUGGAGCUUGGGGGUCAGUCUGCGAUGAUAAUUUGAGCAUCAAGGAUGCUACUGUAGUUUGUAGAACACUUGGCUUCAUGGCAAGUCACCCAGCAAUAUAUCCUGGAGGACUUUUUGGUCACAGUAGUUUGCCUUUGAGAAUGACUGACCUUAGCUGCAAUGGAUCAGAAACUGACAUAUCUGCUUGUCAGUACAAAGGAUGGGGCAGUCAUAAAUGCCUACAAAAAGACGACGUCGGUUUAGAAUGUCAAACAAAAAUCAGGUUAGCUAACGGACCAACACCUUCCAGAGGAAGAGUUGAAAUAAUGUACCGUGGUGAAUGGGGAACUAUAUGUCGAGACGCAUUUGGUCAGGACGAAGCCAAAGUUGUCUGUCGGAUGUUGGGUUAUCAUAACACUAAUUAUCGCAUUCAAAGUACAGCAGUUUAUCAUCCUGGAACAGGUAAAAUUUGGAUGGAUGAUUUAUCAUGUGAUGGUUCAGAAAAUGAUUUAUCUGACUGCAAGUUUUCCGGGUGGGGUCAAUCAAAUUGUGGUCAUUAUGAAGACGUCGGUGUAGAUUGUGACGCUCGUGUUUCACUCAGUGGUGGAUCCAAUGAAGGUCAAGGAACUAUUCAAAUUUAUCACGAAAACCAGUGGGGUACUAUAUGCGAUGAUGGGUUUGACGUAAAUGCCGCAAAAGUGAUAUGUAAAAUGAUUGGUCAUCACACUCUCAAGCCAACUGCAUAUUCUCAAUCUGUUUAUGGAAGUCGGCCAGGUCCAGUAUGGAUUGAUGACGUACGCUGUACUGGUGCAGAAAGCGAUAUUGGAUCGUGUACAUUUUCAGGCUGGGGUAAAGAAAAUUGUGGACGCACGGAACAGGCUGGUGUUGAUUGUGGCAAUGCUUUUCGACUAGUGAAUGGCAAUACUGAACUUGAAGGCAGGGUUGAAGUUUUUCAUAAUGGUCAAUGGGGAACAGUAUGCGAUAACCAUUUCAAUGAAGCUCAAGCUCAAGUGAUCUGUAAGAUCAUGGGAUAUGAGCGAAGGCAUCCUGUGAUUUACAAAAAAGCUCAUUUUGGGCCAGGAUCUGGUAAAAUUUGGAUAGACAAGGCACACUGUCAGGGUACCGAGGAAGAUAUUGCAUCAUGCAUUGGAACAUAUCAUCAAUAUUAUGCGAUUUAUUCAGCUGUUGUAUAUUCAUAUGGUGGCGGCUGGUGGAGUCGUACUAAGUAUGCUUAUAAAUCAAGGAGUAGAUCUGCCAUAAGAUACCUGACAGAAUGGGGUCACUAUGGAUGCACACAUAGUGAAGACGUAUCGAUAUCUUGCAAAACACAAAUAAGACUGGUUAACGGAAGGACAGCAACAGAAGGACGAUUAGAGGUUUUCAACAAUAAUCAGUGGGGAACUGUGUGUGACAAUGCAUUCAAUGUAAACAGUGCAAAAGUAGUAUGCAGAAUGCUUGGAUAUGAUACAAAGUUCGCUGAAGCCUUUGAUGGAGCUAUUUAUGGUGAAGGAAUAGGAACAGUCAUGAUGAAAAAUGUUAAAUGUGUUGGUAAUGAAAUUGACAUAGGUGACUGCACUUUUGACGGAUGGAGAACUGGUACCUGUAGCCAUUCAAAAGAUGUCGGUGUAUCAUGCGGGGCUAAAAUACGACUUGUUGAUGGAAUAAAUGAGGCACAAGGAAGGGUAGAACUACACCAUAAUGGCCAAUGGGGAUCAAUCUGUGAUGAUUCGUUUGAUAUUAAUGAAGGCAAAGUCAUUUGUCGCAUGCUUGGUUAUGACGAUUCAUAUGCAAAGGUGUAUUCGAAUGCAUUUUAUGGUGGUGGAUCAACACCUGUUGCUAUGGAUGGACUGUCUUGUGUAGGAACAGAGACGGAUAUAUCAUAUUGUAAUGUCGAUGAAUGGAACCAUACUAAUUGUACACAAAAUAAUACUGCAGGUGUUGCCUGCAGAAUACCAUUUCGUCUCGUAGGAGGAAGUUCAUUGAACGAAGGCAGACUUGAAGUCAGUUUAGAUGAACAAUGGGGCACCGUUUGUAGUGAUGGGUUUGAUAUAAAUGACGCUCGAGUUGCGACAAUAUUCAUCACUAUUUUAUUGUUUUUGGAAUUAAGGGAACCAGAAAUAACAACAAAAUUUGGUGAAGGAUUGGGAAAAGUUAUGAUGGCACAGCUUAGUUGCAGUGGGAUCGAGCAAGGUUUGAGUGAAUGUGGAUUUAUUAGCGGAAAACAUUAUAACUGUGGACAUGGAAAUGAUGUUGGGAUCAUUUGUAGAACAGAUGUAAGGCUUGUUAAUGGAAAAUCUCCAGACGAGGGACGUAUUGAAAUUAAAUACAACAACGUUUAUGGUAGUAUCUGUUCAUCUAAUUUUGACAUGGCUGAUGCACGAGUAUUUUGUUCCAUGCUGGGUUAUAACAACCCAUUUCCUGAAAUAUGCACUUCCUGCUUUGGAAAGAACAAUGAAUCUCUACAUUUAGCAAACGUUAACUGCACCGGUGAUGAGUUGGAUAUCACCAAAUGUUCAUCUGCAGGCUGGCAUAAUACAAAUUGUUCUAGUGGAAGUGAUGCUGGGGUAUUCUGUAAAACGUUGGUUAGACUGUACGGUGGUGACAAUCCGUCAGAAGGGCGUUUAGAAGUAAAUCACAAUCAAAUAUGGGGAACUGUAUGUAGCGAUGACUUUGACAUCGCAGAUGCCAAAGUUAUCUGCUCUAUGCUCGGAUAUAAUACAUCAAAUCCUAGGAUAUGGAGUCAAAACUAUACACACGGCUCUGGCAGCGCCUGGAUGUCCAAACUCGGUUGUUAUGGAACUGAAGAUGACAUUGCUGCUUGUCCAUUCCCUGGAUGGGGAAAGGGCGGAUGCAUCGGAGUGCGUCUCACAGAGGGCCUUGUUCCAAAUGAGGGACGUGUUGAAGUUUAUCAUGAGGACCAGUGGGGUACAAUUUGUAAUGAUGGAUUUACAGUACAAAAUGCUAAGGUCAUAUGUAGAAUGCUUGGAUAUGAAACAAACAAUGUGACAAUUCUUCCACCUUCCUACUUCAAACCAAGCUCAUUAAGUAUAAUGAUGGAUGAUAUACAUUGUACUGGGAUGGAAACACACAUUGCAGCCUGUAACUUUUCAGGGUGGGGACAACAUAACUGUCAACAUAGUGACGAUGUUAGCAUUUCUUGUGGUCGAACACCAUUAAGACUUGUCAAUGGAACUCGUUUGACCUCAGGACGCCUAGAAGUUUACCAUAAUAAUGUAUGGGGUACAGUUUGCAACAAAAACUUCGACAUCAAAGAUGCGACUGUUGUAUGUAAAAGCUUAGGCUUUGAUGCAAAGUAUCCCUAUGUGGUGCCAACUCCAUAUUUUGGAUCUGGAAAUGAAUUGAUCUUAUUAGAAAAUCUUGGAUGCACGGGAAAUGAGACUGACAUAUCCAAUUGUUCUUCAAAUGGAUGGGGUCAUUCAGACUGCAAUCACGAUCAGGACGUUUCAUUAUUGUGUGAUACCUUUGCAAGACUAGUCGAUGGACCUGAUAGCUCGAGUGGACGUGUCGAACUGUUGCAUAACGGUGAAUGGGGAACUAUAUGCGAUGAUGGCUUUGAUAUUCCAGACGCUGCUGUAAUUUGUACAAUGCUUGGAUAUAAUAACACGAAUCCACACGUCAUCUAUGCUCCACAUUUUGCCUAUGGAAGUGGAUCCAUAUAUUUGAAGAAUAUUGAAUGUGCAGGAAAUGAAAGUGAUAUAGAGGAGUGUUCUCAUUCUGCAUGGGGAGUUACAGAUUGUAAACAUUCGGAAGACGUGGGCAUUGACUGCACAACGGAUGUGAGAUUAGUAGGUGGUAGUGGACCGUUUGAAGGCAGACUUGAAGUGUUUCACAAUGGCGAAUGGGGAACCGUUUGCGACAGUGCAUUUGAUGAAUCAGACGCAGUUGUUAUUUGUAAAAUGUUAGGAUAUCAACAAAGCAAUCCAGCAGUAAUUCCAAUAUCAAAGAUCAAGCCUGGAUUCGGACCUAUCUGGAUGGGAAAUCUUACGUGCAGCGGAGAUGAAGUUGACAUAGCUCUUUGUAAAUUUGGUGGAUGGGGACACACAGGUCACUGUACACACGCUCAAGACAUUGCUAUGACAUGUGCAAAAACUGACAUUCGUCUCAUAAGCCAAUUUUUACCGUCAUCUGGGAGAGUUGAAAUGUAUCACGAAGGACGAUGGGGAUCCGUGUGUGGCCAUUCCUUUGAUUCUAAGGCUGCAGAAGUAAUGUGCCGAAUGUUAGGAUUUAAGGCAGAGUAA